GUUCCAGGACAGCCAAGGCUACACAGAGACCCUGUCUCAAGCCCCCCCCCAAAGAAAAGCACUCCCCCAUUUUGGGGCUGGAUAGAUGAGAUGGCUCAGCAGUUAGGAGCACUGGCUGUCUAUCCAGAAGACCUAGGUUCACUUCCCAGAAUCCAUGUGGCAGCUCACAACUGUAACUCCAGUUUGAAGGGAUCGGAUACCUUCACAUAGGUAGAUGUGCAGGCAAAGCACCAAUAAAAUAAAUAAUUUUUAAAAAAAUCCAUAUGUAGAAAAACAGGCUAGAUUUAAUUAGUGCUCCUAUACUGCCUUAGAGAGCUAUGCGGCUGCCUGCAAUGUGGAAGGGAAGGUCUAGGUGGCUCCUGCGCAGAGGAUGAAUGCCUGCAGUGCCAGUUUAGGUUGUCUGCUUCCUGCACCGCCUGAUCAGGGAUAACUUCAUGCAGUGCCUGUGGCCCUGGCACACUCCUAGUAGUCUGUGGUAGGGUCAGGUCUGGUUUCAGGGAAGGGGUCCAAUGAGGAGGCUCCAGACCAGUCUAGAUAGCCUUGAGAGUCAGGAUACAGGUUUUCAGUUGUGUGCAGACAAGCUCAGCAGGUGCCAUGCUUUCACCAACUGCCACACCUGAGCUGGUCUCCAGACCCGGUAGAGGCUGUCAGGUUUUAGUGCUACCCCGUGCAGGUCCCACAUUGUGAGAGGACUGAAUAGGAGCAGGGCAGGUGAGUCCCCACUCUCCCAUACUCUGGGGCAGACCAAGCCUCAGCAUCCAUCUCUAACAAUCAGCCUGCCAAAGAUUCACUCAGCCGGGCGGUGGUGGCGCAUGCCUUUAAUCCCAGCACUCGGGAGGCAGAGGCAGGCGGAUCUCUGAGUUCGAGACCAGCCUGGUCUACAAGAGCUAGUUCCAGGACAGGCUCCAAAAUCACAGAGAAACCCUGUCUCGAAAAACAAAAACAAAAAAAAGAUUCAUUCAGUUUAACCACCUCUAUAGUGAUUUUGUUGCACCUAAAUACACAUGUAUAUAUAGACAAAUAUAUGCACUUGGACCAGCACAGGCAAGCUCUGUGCACACACACAUGGACACGGGUGUGCACCUAAAUACAUAGGCAAGUGGGCUGUAGAGUGUGUCACAGUUAACACAUUUGCACAUUCAGGCACAUGUGAACAGCUGUGAACCCAUACAAAGCACAGCAAAAUAAACAUACGACCACCUGUGCUAGUACAGGAUGCACAUGCAACUCAGGAGUAAAGUACAUGCCAACAUGCAGGAAUCCCUAAAUUUGAUCUCCAGCAUAUACACAGCACCAAUGCACACACACACAUUGCAUGCAUAGUCACAUAAACAGGUAUGUAAGUGCAUGCCGUCAAGCUACUAGCACACAUACAGGCUCAAGUAUGUCAGAUCCUUACUUGGUCCUAGUAAGGAGCAGAAAGACACAUGCAGGCAUGCACAGCAGACUCACCCUGCAGAAGGCAUGUAGGGAACAUGCUUAGGUCAUAUUUAGCCCUGAAUAUGAGGCAAAUAUAAAGUCAUCUAUCCCCUUGUGGCUUCCAGCAGGCACAGAACCCUCUGAUCCGGAGAUACCCCGCUUGUGAACCACUGCUAAUCAUGUGACCCCAUCUCUCCUAACCUGUAAAAUGGGGCUGUGAUUUAGGCACCAUCUUCCCCCAAGAUGUAAGCUCACAAAAGAGUGGUCGUGAAUCCAGCUGGGCAAACAGUAGGUCCUCGUGCCUGUUUCUCCGUCAGUAUUCCCAGCCAGUCCCUACCCUGGUUCCCUCAACUAUACCGAGCAAACUCCUAUAGGACAGGGGAACGACUUGCUAGGGUCUCUUCUGGAGAAUUGGAGGGGGCUGAGGGGUGCAGAGUCAGCAGCCCGAGGAUUGGGACUUUGCCACCCUGAUUAAAAAGCUAGGAGACUGAGCUUCACCUGUCCUUGUCUCUGAUUGGCCCCAGAGCGUUCCUAGCUCCCAAAUCCCACUAAGCAAUCCUGCCAGGGCCUGCACGGGUCUGUGGAGAGCCAGUUGAUUGCCAGCUUUAGGGCCAAAAGGUCUGAGGAGGUCAGAAGCUACCUACCCUAUCCCUUUGCCUGCUCCUGGGACCAUGGGGGCCGGGGCCAGCGCUGAGGAGAAGCAUUCCAGAGAGCUAGAAAAGAAGCUGAAAGAGGAUGCUGAGAAGGAUGCUCGCACCGUGAAGCUGCUGCUGUUGGGUAGGGGUGCGGCCAGUGUUGGGGAGGGGCUGCUGCGGGUCAGCAGCCUGGGGCCAGGCAAGCAGCCUUUCUAUGACACAAGGAUUCCUUGCGGGGUGGGGGUGUGUGUGACAAUGUGGUGGGGCAGGGUACAGAGUAGGAGCCGGUCCCCAGCAAGGUCUGACAGGUGGUGAUGUCCCAGUCCCCUAAGGUUAGGUAUCCCAUGACAAUUUCCCAGAGACACACUGCAGAAGUGUGUGCCAAACACAUCUUUGUAUAAAGGUGUGUAUUCAGGCACACUUUGGCCCUCAGGCUCUAGCCUUUGGUUUUCCAAAGCCUGCUCAACAAGGCUUGGGUCUUCUUGGUGGCUCUUUCUCCCUCUGGAAUAAGGCUCUAGGGUCGCCCAUGUCUACAAAGACCAUGAGUACCAUAACUUUAUCAUCAGUAGACCUGUGAAACAGCUAAAGAAAGUAGAAAGAUGCCAGUGAUGGUGCACGCCUUUAAUCCCAGCACUUGGGAGGUAGAGGCAGGCAGGUCCCUGAGUCUGAGGCCAACCUGGUCUUCGGAGAACGUUCUAGACUAGCCAGAGCUAUACAGAGAAACCCUGUGUAGGGGUGGAGUGGGGGGACAAAGUGAAAAGAUAUUGAUGCCUGUAUGAAUAAAGCCAAGCCCAUGAUCCCAUGGGUGGUAAAGAGAGAUGGGGGUGUUGCCAUUGCUUAACCCCCAAGGGAAAGUUGCUGAUUUAGGGGGGCAGCCAGGGCCCCCAGGAGAAAGACCGAGAAGCUAAGCCGGAAAUCCCAUUAAUUGUAUCCAACACCCUUGAGGAGGGCAGGCUCAGAAAGGAUGUCAGCUCUGUCCUCUUCCCCCAUCUAAGGUGCUAAUUCCCUCUGAGCCUCUCAGAGACAUCUCUUAGCCUUUAGGUGAGAAGCAGAAGUUGGUCCUAUUCAGAUAAUCCUGUACAUGCAGUGCCAGAAAUACCCACAAGGUGGCCCUAGAGGACUUCCUUAUUUUGGUCUCCCAGCAUAAUAAAGGCUCUAUAUACAGGAUCUUAGGGAAUCCCCACCUGAAUGGGCACAGUUAAGGCCACUUAACUGAUGUAGGUCCCUUUUGUCAUUUGCAACCAUUUUCCCCUAGGGGUCUUCAAGACUUUACUUUGGAUAGAAUUAAGGGCAGGUGUAACUAGAGUUCUAGCUGGCACCCGAGUGCUGAUCCAAAGGAGGUGGUCAGUGCUGGUCAGUGCGGCUCUGAGGCGCAGCUUCCCUUCCAGGUGCUGGUGAAUCCGGGAAGAGCACCAUUGUCAAGCAGAUGAAGAUUAUCCACCAGGAUGGUUAUUCGCUGGAAGAAUGCCUCGAGUUCAUUGCCAUCAUUUAUGGCAACACUCUGCAGUCCAUCCUGGCCAUUGUUCGGGCUAUGACUACGCUCAACAUUCAGUAUGGAGACUCCGCACGACAGGAUGAUGCCCGGAAGUUGAUGCACAUGGCGGAUACUAUUGAAGAAGGCACGAUGCCCAAGGAGAUGUCCGACAUCAUUCAGCGUUUGUGGAAAGACUCGGGUAUCCAAGCCUGCUUUGAACGUGCCUCAGAGUACCAGCUCAAUGACUCUGCUGGCUACUACCUUUCAGACCUAGAGCGUCUGGUGGCUCCAGGGUAUGUGCCCACUGAGCAGGAUGUGUUGCGUUCUCGUGUCAAAACUACUGGCAUCAUUGAGACACAGUUCUCCUUCAAGGACCUCAACUUCAGAAUGUUCGAUGUGGGCGGGCAGCGGUCCGAGCGCAAAAAGUGGAUCCACUGCUUUGAGGGUGUGACCUGCAUCAUUUUCAUCGCGGCACUGAGCGCUUACGACAUGGUGCUGGUGGAGGACGACGAAGUGAACCGAAUGCACGAGAGCCUGCACCUGUUCAACAGCAUCUGCAAUCAUCGCUACUUCGCCACGACAUCCAUUGUGCUCUUCCUCAACAAGAAGGACGUUUUCUCUGAGAAGAUAAAAAAGGCACACCUCAGCAUCUGCUUUCCCGAUUACGAUGGACCUAACACUUACGAGGAUGCCGGCAACUACAUCAAAGUGCAGUUCCUCGAGCUUAACAUGCGACGUGACGUGAAGGAGAUCUACUCUCACAUGACGUGCGCCACCGACACACAGAACGUCAAGUUUGUCUUUGACGCUGUCACCGACAUUAUCAUCAAAGAGAACCUCAAAGACUGCGGGCUCUUCUGAGAUGCCAGAAUUCAUGUGUGUACCUUGCUCUGAGACUCUGUAGCCCAGCUGCCCUAUAGUCCCCUCCAAUAAUUCCUGUGCCUCAACCUGCUGCCAGACAUCCAAAGCCCUGAGGCUUGAAGUGCGGACCCUCCCCUCGGUCCCCAACCCCGCCCUUCACCGCCUGGCUGCACUGGCCUCUUGGACCCACAGCAGCUAGCCUCAGCUAGGACAAGGCAGGACUUGGGACAGCUGGAGCUCACAGUGACUCAGCAAUACCCAAGUGACCCGGGUCUCCUGACGCCCUUCUGCCACCCCCACCAGCAGCAGCUCACCUGGUGGAUCUCGGUUCAGCAAACAGCCCGCCCUCCCUCCCCAGCUUUCAUGAAGGGCUUGAGGUAUCCCUCCCUCAAGCAGGCUUGCCACUUGCCAGCAGGUCAUUCCAGCCUGCUACCUGCAUAUGACAAGUCCAACAUCUGUCCACCCAGUGGUCAGUGACUGUCCCUUCCAGCAACUAAAGGGAUCCAAAGUUCAAGCUCUGGUCUUUUGUAGCCUCACAUAGAUAAACUAGUGACUUUGACAUGGGUGCCAGGGAGAGACACAAGCCAAACCUAUUCCCAAAUACCAGGCUCGGGGGUAUCUCCCAGUCCCUUGUCCCUCUGGGUCUUCCCUCUCUGUCCUUGGACACUUCCACACCCCACCUUGUUCGCCCACACACAAUACUCAGGGUUUUCUGGUCAAGGUAUGGUGUAUUGAAGGAGAGUACAUUGACAUCCGCUAUGACCAAUAACCAUGCUAUGCUGAGGGGUGGCUGAGGGCAGAGUCCAAUGCCUAUUGAUCAACCAUGGGCAAAGAAUAUCCCAUGUGAGUUUGCAGGCAAUCCCAUGUGACCCUGUUCUCCCUCCUAAUUCAGGGCGCAGUCCUUGGGAGAGAGAAGUGAAAGCCAUGCCUGAACCAUUAGAGACAAUGCCCACGUCCUACGGCCACUUCUGCUUUCUUCAUCAAGCAGCUUAAGUCUGUGGACCAGAGGCAGCGCUAUGGUCUGAGACACAGUGAUUCUGUCCAGCAAGGCUAGGACGUAAUCUGUACUUCCCCUAGCUACAUGCCCAGACUCAGCAAUAAACCUUUGCACCAGG